GGAGCUCUGGAUGAACCGCUUGAUGAACCGGUUCUGAUUGGUCCGUCCGUUGCUUUAGAAGGUUCGAUUGAGGAUUUCUACUGCGAGAUUCCUGGGAUCCCGGCUUCGGUGCCUGUCCUAUACGAGCUCUAUGUCGAGUCAAACCCGGGGAGGAUGAUCGCAGAGUACAGCUCUCUGUCUGGAGAAAUAGCCGCUUUUCCUCUGUUUAUCAAAUCCCGAAACGACGGUCGGCUCGUCUGCAAGGCCAGCAGACACAACAACACAGACAUCCAGAGCUCGCUCAGUCAAGGCCUGGACCUCAAAGUCAUUGUCCCGGUGGAGGACGUGACAAUCGCUCCCCAUCCCGCCAGUGAGACCGUGUGGGAAGGACAAACUUUGAGCCUCCAGUGCAGAGAGAGCAGAGGAACGUACGUCUCCUACGAGUGGCUUAGGAACGAAAGGCCGUACGACACGACUGGCGACACACUGAUCAUACACCGGCUCUCUGUGCAACACACAGGCAAUUAUACGUGUGUGGCAUCAAACCGAUUCAAUGACACGAUGACCUUCAGCUGCAGUGAUGUCAUAUCUGUGCAGGUCAAAGAGUACGUGUCGAAGCCUGAAAUCUCCCUCGAGGUGGUGAAGCUUGGAGACGCUGGCUUUAGAGCCAUCGUCACGUGCCGGUCUUUGAAAGGAUCUCCGUUAAUUACCUUCAGCCUGUUGAACGACACCGACGUCAUCACGAAGAACACCACUGAAGGAACCAGCGCAAUCUUCCAUGUGCCGGUCGAGCUGAACCGGGUCACGGGUCGCGUGAGAUGCAACGCCAGCAACGAGGGCAACUGGGUUCUGAGUGAACCGGUAAACCUGACCGGGGAUUUGUCAGCGACGCCCAUGGAGGUCAUUGCGUUAGUUUUCUGUGGUUUCCUAUUGAUGGUGAUCGUAGGAGCCUCAUGUUUUCUGUUCUGGAGCACCAAGCGCAGAAACAACUCCUGGAAACAUGGCAUUAACCAUGAGAUCCAGUCUGAUGCGAUGCCCAGAAUGAACUUUCCAGCUGACGUUUCCUUUAAACCUCAAACUGUGGAAAUGAAAACAUUCAUCGUGAAUUUUGCGGACUAGACCAGACCAGACCUGCUCCAACCACACUAUAGUUUCUAGGGAUCCUGAAGACCUUGGUUAGCUGGUUCAGGUGUAUUUAAUUAUGGUUGGAGCUAAACUUUUUGUUGUAAAUGUGUCGUAUGUUUAAGAUUGUAAGGCUUUUAUAUACCAAGUAAAUGUUUAAUUUACCAAAUGUUGCUAUUGAACUUGCUUUAAUAAUUAAUAAAUAAAUAGAUAGAUAAGAUAAAUAAAUUAAUUAAUAAAUACAGGGUCAAAAACAUUAGUGACAUUGUUGUAUUAUCAAUGAUCAUGACAAUCCAACACUGUAAAAAAUAUAUUGUUACAAACAAAA